CAAGCGAUAACAAUAAUAACAACAGCUCACCAUCUUGUAGGCCUCAGGUUGUGACGCAAUAGAUAAAGGGAGCAGCUGAACAUCAAACAUCCUCACUUCCAGCCUCCUCACCAAGAGAAACAGUGGAUGCGUCUUCUCUAUACUUUUUAAUACUGCCCUGUAUUUUUACAACAGUAUGUGAAUUCUGUAUAUACAUUUGAUGUGAGACAACAUAUGUAUUUGACCUUUGACCUGUGAUCAGCAGAUUCAGAUAUUAAAGGAGUGAAAACGCGCUGGAAUUCACAGAGAGAUUCAAAGCGAAAUACGAGGGGGAAAUACACAGGAGCCAUUGAACAGGAAACAGCAGGACAACAAGCAAGCAGGCAAAGAUGUCUGACCCCAACCCUCCCGUGCCUCCUCCUGGGCCGUCUACUUCUGCUGUGACCUUUGACCCCAAGUCUGAGGCAGUGGUGUUGCCAGGCGGUGUAGUCUCAGUGACAGGCAUCACCGUGAUGACAGGUGGUGCUGAGCUGUCCUGGGGGUCCUGCCUGCUGGUCUUCGGGGUGUUGGGAACCGUGAUCGGCCUGAGUGUGGUGCCGCUGGGGCUGUGGAACUUGUCGCAGGAGGGUGGGACCUCGCAUCUCCUCCAUACAGGACUGGUGCUGCUGGCCGUGAGUUCAGGCGCGGUGAUCGCAGUCGUGGUGUGCCGGUUCCUGAGAAGAAAGGGAAUUCUCGGUGAAAGGGAGGACAAAGUUGUGCUGGUGGGAGAGAGUGGCAGAGGAUGUGUGAAGACAGUGACAGUGUGAAGGA